AUGGCGGAUCCCUUUGGAGACGGUUUGUUCAGCGUGUUUGAUGAUGAACAACAAGCUACGGCGAAUAAAAAGACUCCCGCCGGUGUAGCGACAGAAACAGGGAAAGAUAAAGGUAAAGAUGGCACCGAAAAGGAUUCGGGUCCAUCUACCCGGGGCAAGAGGGAGGCAGAAGGUGACUGUGAAGAUGAUGUGGUGUUUGGGAAGAAGCCUCGACAUGAGACAGUCUCAGCUAAUGACCUGAAUCUUGCAGAGUUUAUGCCUCAAGUGAAAGUGGAGCAAGUGGAAACUGUGGAAGGAUGCUCACAUGAGGUUGCUCUGCCUGCCAGUGAUGAAUAUAAACCGCUGAAACCACGUGUGGGGAAAGCAGCCAAGGAGUACCCUUUUAUUCUUGACCCGUUCCAGCGUGAGGCCAUCUUAUGUAUCGACAACAACCAGUCUGUGCUUGUGUCUGCGCACACAUCUGCUGGCAAAACUGUUUGUGCUGAAUAUGCCAUUGCACUGGCUCUCAGAGAGAAGCAGAGAGUGAUCUUCACCAGCCCCAUCAAGGCUCUCUCCAACCAGAAGUACAGAGAGAUAUACGAAGAGUUCCAGGAUGUGGGUCUGAUGACUGGGGACGUCACCAUCAACCCCACGGCCUCCUGUCUUGUCAUGACGACAGAGAUCCUGAGGAGCAUGCUGUACAGGGGCUCUGAGAUCAUGAGGGAAGUGGCGUGGGUCGUCUUUGACGAGAUCCAUUACAUGAGAGAUGCAGAGCUGUAA